GAGUGACUUUUGUGCGGUGAAGAAACGGUCAGCGCAUCCGCCAACGCGGAGUAAACGGUUAGCUUCUUUGGUCGAGACUGGCUAGACUUCAGCAGAGCCAAUAACGACAGAUAACAGCAUUUGACUAUCAGGGAAUAUAUCCAAAGAGCAAAUCAUUACAUAUAAGCGAUUUAAUCAUCUAUUUUGCCGACGCGAACCUUUUAUUUUCCUGCAUCCUGCACCGGUUGAAGUUAGCAUUAGCAGCUAACAACCAUCUGAAGCAAAGCGUUUAUUUCCCUCUGCACGAAAUUUACGUGUCUCGGAAAACUCUAUAUGCUGGUGUUACAUUUUAAAACAUCUAUAUUUUUAUAGUCCGUCCCUUGAAAUUGCGGUUGACUGAGAAAGCUAUUUAUAAGGGAAAGAGCGUGUUAACUGGAGUUUCUGCUUCAGAUCAAAACGCCAGAAUGUCUGAUUUUGAUGAAUUUGAGAGAGAGCUUUCUGAAAACAAACAAGGUGACAGUCUAAAAAGUCAUGAGCGGGACAAAGAGAACCGUCACCGGCGACGCAGCCCAUCACGCAGCCGCAGUCGAGAGAGGAAAAGGAGAAGCAGAGAGAGGAGAAGUAGGGAACGCCGCAGUGACAGCAAGGACCGCCGCCAUAGACGCAGCCGUUCUCCUCACCGGGAGAAAAAGAAGAUAAAAAUUAAGAAGUAUUGGGAUGUACCGCCUCCUGGCUUUGAACAUAUUACACCCAUGCAGUACAAGGCAAUGCAAGCUGCUGGUCAGAUCCCCACUACAGCUUUGCUGCCCACCAUAACGCCAGACGGCCUGGCAGUAACGCCGACCCCGGUACCCGUAGUGGGCAGUCAGAUGACUCGCCAGGCUCGCAGACUUUACGUUGGCAACAUCCCAUUUGGCAUCACAGAGGAAUCUAUGAUGGACUUCUUCAAUGCCCAAAUGAGACUCGGCGGUCUGAAUCAGGCCCCAGGAAACCCUGUCCUCGCUGUCCAGAUUAACCAGGACAAGAACUUUGCUUUUCUUGAGUUCCGAUCGGUGGAUGAAACCACGCAGGCCAUGGCAUUUGAUGGCAUCAACUUCCAGGCGCAGAGUUUAAAGAUUCGCCGGCCGCAUGACUAUCAGCCAUUACCUGGCAUGAGCGAGAGCCCCAGCGUAUAUGUCCCGGGUGUGGUGUCCACUGUUGUACCAGACUCUAUUAACAAGCUUUUCAUUGGUGGUUUGCCAAACUAUCUCAAUGACGACCAGGUUAAAGAGUUGUUAACUUCUUUUGGACCUCUCAAAGCCUUUAAUUUGGUUAAGGACAGCGCUACCGGCCUCUCAAAGGGCUACGCUUUCUGUGAAUAUGUGGAUGUUAACAUCAAUGAUCAGGCUAUUGCAGGACUGAAUGGUAUGCAGUUAGCAGAUAAGAAGCUGCUGGUUCAGAGGGCAAGUGUAGGAUCGAAAAAUGCCACACUGACAAGUAUAAAUGAGACUCCAGUGACGUUGCAAGUGCCGGGGCUGAUGACGAACCCCAUGGUGCAGAUGGGCGGUGUUCCCACCGAGGUCCUGUGCCUGAUGAACAUGGUGGCUCCAGAGGAGCUCCUGGACGAUGAGGAGUAUGAGGAGAUAGUUGACGACGUCAGGGAAGAGUGCUCCAAAUACGGCCAGGUCAAGAGCAUAGAGAUUCCCCGGCCUGUUGAUGGCCUUGAUGUCCCUGGAACCGGCAAGAUCUUCGUGGAGUUCACAUCUGUUUUCGACUCCCAGAAAGCAAUGCAGGCCUUAACAGGGAGAAAGUUCGCCAACAGGGUGGUGGUGACCAAGUACUGCGAUCCAGAUGCUUACCACCGCCGAGAGUUCUGGUAGAGGAAGAGAGCAAGAAAAAUAGGAUGGAGGAGUAGCAGCUUUGCGAUAAUAACUCAUAAAAAGAGUGAGAAAUUGAGGCAGAGAUGACAAAAGGGGGAACAUUUUUUUUUGUACUCUUUAAAAAAAAAUAAUAAUAAAUCCAAAGGUGAAUGGUCUGUUUUUUUUUUUUCUCUCUCUCUGGCUGAGAUGAUUUGUGAGCAAUUAUGGGAGGGCUUUUGCUUUCAUUUGUAUUUUAAGAACAUUAGCGGGAGAGAUUCUGUUAUACUGAUUAUACUUAUUCUGUUAAUAAAAUUACUAUUUUUUAAUUGUAUACUGAAACAAAUGAUGUAAAAUCGUGACCAUCAGAGAAGACGAAAUAACAAUUGAUACCCAACCAAAUGUUCAUAUUAGCCAGGUAAUUCAAAUGAAAACCUCAUAUUUCAGUCUCUUUCCUUGUUUUUAUCUCUUUUUAUUUCUCAUUUGAAUAUCCCACUGUGACGGACCCUUCUCGGAAGUCAUUCGUCUUCUCUGUUGGCCAACUGACCACGUCUCCCUCCCAUUUUGUAGCUUUUUGCAGUUCAUAUCUCCAGGUAUUAGACCGUCCCAGUUUUUGUCUGGUUUUGUUCUUAAACUUAG